AUGAGUCCCACAGUACCCCGCCCUGGAGCUGCGAAAUUGAGACCUCGUUCCGGUCUGGAGGAGUGGCUAGCAGAGGCGAAACAAUGCCAUUAUCUACCAGAAUGGGCAAUGAAACAACUUUGCGAGAUGGUAAAGGAGUGCUUAAUGGAAGAGUCCAAUAUACAACCUGUCGCAACUCCUGUUACCAUUUGUGGUGAUAUUCAUGGACAAUUUUACGAUUUACUCGAACUCUUCCGUAUCGCUGGUGGUAUGCCGGGUGAGACAAAUGUUCAAGCCCCCACCACUGUGAUCAACACAGAUGCGCUCGAACCGCCUACUGAGAUUACAGAUCCAAAAUUGAAGAAGAAGAUACGAAGUAGUGACAGUGGUGUGGAAAGCGCAAGUGGAGGAGAUGAUGAUGACGAUGAUGAACCUCGAGGACGUCCACGUACUGCAGGUGGAUCAAAUCGCAGUGCGAGUUCUGGAGCAGAUUCCGGGAUUAAUGUCAACAACAAUCAAGUCUCUGGAAAUGGGAACCAAAAUUUUAUCUUCUUAGGUGAUUUCGUCGAUAGAGGAUAUUUCAGUUUGGAAACUUUCACAUUACUGAUGUGCUUAAAAGCUACGUAUCCUGAUAAAAUCACACUCGUUCGAGGAAAUCACGAAUCUCGUCAAAUCACGCAAGUAUAUGGGUUCUACGAAGAAUGUCAACAAAAAUACGGCAAUGCUUCAGUUUGGAAAUCUUGCUGUCAAGUUUUCGACUUCCUCGUUCUUGCAGCAGUUGUUGAUGGAGAAGUUCUCUGCGUUCACGGUGGUUUGAGUCCAGAAAUUCGAACCGUUGAUCAAAUCAGAGUUGUUGCACGUGCUCAAGAAAUUCCUCAUGAGGGUGCUUUCUGUGAUCUGGUAUGGAGUGAUCCUGAGGAUGUUGAUACUUGGGCCGUUUCUCCUCGUGGUGCUGGAUGGCUAUUUGGAGACAAGGUUGCCAAUGAGUUUAAUCAUGUCAAUGGGUUAAAACUUAUUGCUCGUGCUCAUCAACUUGUCAACGAAGGAUACAAGUAUCAUUUUGCACAAAAAUCUGUCGUUACUGUCUGGUCAGCUCCCAACUACUGUUACCGUUGUGGUAACGUCGCUUCGAUUAUGAACGUUGGAGAGGAUCUAAAUCCUAAAUUCAGCAUUUUCAGUGCCGUACCAGAAGAUCAACGUGCAGUUCCAGCUGGUCGGAGAGGCGCUGGGGACUACUUCCUUUAA